AUGAUCGGGAACGCCGUUGAAACCUGUUCAACCGCCACCGUGAAAACCCUUUCACUGAAAUGCAAAACCCUAAAUCAAUUCAAACAACUUCAUGCCCAUCUCAUCAAGUCUCACCUGCCGGAAAACCCCAUUGCCAUCGGACCACUUCUGUCAGCCGCUGCCACCUCCAACAAUCCUUCUUUCUUCUCUUAUGCUCGUUUGAUCUUCAAUCACCUUCGAUUUCGGAAUACUUUCAUGUACAAUACCAUGAUCCGAGGUUAUCUACAGAAUGACGAUAAAGUUUGUGCAAUUAUAUGUUAUACCGAGAUGUUAAAGUUUGGUCUUGUAGCUAAUAAUUACACCUUUCCGCCAUUGAUUAAAGCUUGUUCUUGUUCGAGUAUUGCGAAUGCGAAGUUAAUUGGUUGUUCGGUUCAUGGGCAUGUUAUGAAAUUGGGAAUUGAGGAUGAUCGAUUCGUGGGUAGUGCAUUGAUUGAGUUUUAUUCUGCAAAUUUCGAAAUUGGUAAUGCAAGGAAGCUGUUUGAUGAAAUUCCUGUUAAAGAUGUGGUUUUAUGGACCACCUUAAUUGAUGGUUAUGGUAAGAAUGAGGAUGUGAAGAACGCACACCAGUUAUUUGAUGAAAUGCCUCAAAGAAACGUGAUCUCUUGGAGCUCGAUAAUGGCUGCAUAUUCACGGGUCAGCGACUUCGAAAACGUCAUUUCUUUGUUUACGGAACUCCAAGAUUCGGGUAUAAAACCAAACGAAUCAAUUCUCGUGAGUGUUCUUACGGCUUGUGCUCAUCUCGGUGCACUUGCACAAGGGUUAUGGGUUCAUUCUUACGCCAAAAGACACAAUCUUUCUUCGAACCCAAUCCUCGCUACUGCAUUAGUGGACAUGUACUCCAAAUGCGGUUGUACCGAUUUGGCGUUAUCCGUUUUCAACACGAUUUCCGUGAAAGAUAUGGGAGCCUGGAACGCCAUAAUUUCCGGGAUGGCAAUGAACGGUGAAGCAAAAACGUCACUACAACUUUUAGAUCAAAUGGCAUCGAUCGAGAUUCAACCAACCCCAACCACAUUCGUAGCUAUACUCACAGCAUGCACACACGCCAAAUUGGUUAAAGAAGGGCUCGAGUUGUUUAACCGAAUGGAAAAAAUCUAUGGAGUCGAACCACAGUUCGAGCAUUACGCGUGUGUGGUCGAUCUUUUGGCUCGAGCCGGGAUGUUGGAAGAAGCCAUGGAUUUUGUGGAGAAGAAGUUGGGAGGAGUUGGGAAAGGGGAUGCGAACGUUUGGGGGGCGGUUCUUGGUGCGUGUAGAACUUAUGGGAAUGUCGGGAUUGGAAACCGAGUAUGGAGAAAGCUAGUCGAGAUCGGAGUAAGUGAUUAUGGGAUUUAUGUUGUUUCUUAUAACAUGUAUAAGGAAGCGGGAUGGAAACGAGAGGCCGAAGAGGUCCGAAGGAUGAUUGCACGAUUCGGAAUGAAGAAAACGCCCGGUUGCAGCAUGGUGGAAGUUGAUGGCAUGGUCAAAGAAUUCGUUUCCGGUGAUAUAUCUCAUUUUCGGGCACCGGAAAUUCACAAAACGCUCGAAUCCUUGUUCAAUGUGUCGGUCUCGUUGAACUUAACAGGAACGACAGCUUUGUUAAAUAUUUGACACUCUCGUAAGGGUUUGUUCGGUAUGCCACGAAACGGGAUAAGGCGGUAUGAGAUUGUAGGAUGAA